AAAAAUGUUACAACCACCAACCCUCCGAACCAAUGUUUCCUCUCUAUUGCAAACGAAUAGCAAUGCUAGUGGGGGUGGUAUAAAUAAUGUGAUUGGUAGCAGUAGUAGCAGUGUGGUGGGUUCUCUUCCUCCUUCAAAGGAUUCAAGUGUUGUAACUUCACCUCAAGAUUUGGAAGAUUUGAUUCAUCAUCACCGAAGUGAAUCACCUUCAUCACCAAUACAUCAUCAGAGUGAUGCAUUAUUGUCAUCUUCAAUAGUGGAAAUUAAAGACACUUCACAAAGCCUUCAGGAAGUAACGACUUCAUCACCCGAUGAUAUUUCUGCUCUUGUAGAUUCCUUCUUUUAUAAUAAUGGGCCAUCAAGAAUGACAGAAGGAAGAAAGGUAUUCUUGUUUCAAGUUUCUACAAUAAUUGGAACGUUUAUCUUCUUCUUGUUUUAUCACUUUUUAUAUCAAUUCAUAACUUCAGAGGAUGAAUCGACAAAAUCGAGUUUGUGUUGGUUAUUGUCAUAUUCACUUUCGAUAUGGUGUCAAUAUGAAUUGCAUUGUAGAAUAGUUUUUGGAAAGAGGUCAAAUUCUGAAUAUUGGCGAUCUUUGAUUAGAACUUAUUUUGUUUAUGGAAUUUCAAUGGUAUUUUCAACAAUUUUGAAUUACAUGUUAGUUGGAUAUUUCAAAGUGGGGCAUACUUAUGCUUGGAUUUUAUCAUUAAUUCUUGUUGGAAUUUUGAACUAUUUUACUGUGAGCAAAUUUGCAUUUGCUGACUCGGAAGAAACAUUGUAAUUUUAGAAAUUUAGAGAUUGUAUAUUUAAUAUUAAUAUAUUAAACUGUUGGAGAUUAUAAGCUU